CUCAAGAUGAGAGUUCUGAUCCUGUCAGCCAUCUUCGCCUGCGCGGUCGCAGCGCCCUCCUCUCCCGUGGUGGCCAUAGCCCCCAUUAUCCCCGCAGCCCUCCCCACUCUAUCCCCUGGGGACCUUCAGGCUGCUGCCAUUGAUGCUAAGGUCCAAGCUGAGGACCAAGCUAGAGCUAUCGCUGAUCAGGCGAGAUUAGCUGCUGAUGUUGCGAGAGACCAGGUGGAACUAGCCUUGGAAGGGCAAAAGCCCAUUGCCUACGCGGCUCCAGCACCUGUAGUCGCCAUCGUCGCCACUAAUCCAGGGGAUCUCCAAGCUGCUGCCAUAGAUGCCAAGGUCAAGGCUGAAGACGAGGCCAGAGCUAUUGCAGACCAGGCCAGAUUAGCUGCUGACGUGGCCAGGGAUCAAGCUGAAUUGGCUUUGGAAGGUCAGAAGGAAAAAGGAGAAGAAGUAACUUCCAUAGCGAAAGAAAAGAGCGAAGAACUAUUCUGGAACGUAGAAGACAAGAAAUGGCAAGCGAUCGACGCGGUGAAAACCGUCGAAGCGAAAAUCGACGGAGCGGUCGCGAAUAACGCUGAAGCUUUAGCGAAAAGCCUGAUCCCAGUAGUAGCUCCUUUACCUUAUGCCAACCUGGUAUAUGCUCCUGGAUUGAUACCGCUAGUUAAAGAUGAAAAAAUAACUAAGACUGCAGAAAAAGAAGAGAAAGAAAAGUUAGAAGGGUCUAAAUUGGAAGGUCUGGCGUUGACCCAGGGUAUAGGCUUGGUCGGGGCUCCGUGGCCCCCUCUGACUUUGGUCCAACCGGGGCUACUAGGGGCUCCAUUGCCUUUGCAGCCGGUGCUGACUCCGAUCAUCAAACACUGGUAGUUUAGUCAAGGCGGAAUAAACGGUGAUUUCUA